AUGUCUAUAUACUGGGGCCACCUGACAGCUGCCGCGCCAAUCGAUCCGCCAUCCAACUCCAACCCCAUCCAAUCCCAUCCCAAGCUGAGUGUUGACCAUGGGUAUCUGCACCAUAGAACAACAGAGGCUCCGGUCCUCGCACCGUCUCACCCAUUCCGACGGGCUGUUGCUCGCUACGGCCGAAAUGCGUCUCGCAAUGCCAUCCGGACGCUGCUGGCCUCGGCCGGCGUUGCUUCCCUGCUGAUCUAUCCGGUGCCGUUCCUGUACACCACCGACUUCAUCAUCGCGGCGUCAAACCUCCCUCACCAUGUAUGGACCGCCGCCCAGCCUCUCCGCUACGACGCCGCCAUCACGCCCGACAUCACCAUGCGCUCCAUCUGGAUCCAUUCGAGCUACAUGCAGGCACUGAGCCCAGACGUCCUCCUGUCAGCUCUCGAGCUACAGGACGAGCUUCUAGGCACGACGCAAGACUUUAGCCCUGGCAGAUAUUCUGGCUUGCCUCCUCCCGAUGACCCCAAUGCUCUCUUAUCGCCAGCCCAGCGCGAUUCUCUCCACGUCGUCAAUGGCCUGACCGACCAAUCGUGGGCAUUUCAGUCGCCCCUGCUGUACUGGAACUGCUCCCGCGAACGCAUCCUGGCCGAUGAUGAUAUUCUAGCAACCGUCAACGACAGAAAGAACCAGUCCACCCCGGCAAACAUCACCUUAAGGCAUUCCAUUGUUUUUAGUGGCAAGCGAUUUGAAGAUCGCCGUUUGCUAGCCGCCGAUGCCCUCGUCAUCACGCUCCUAUACCGAAGUGCGUCGCCCGUUGGUCGCCAGUGGGAGAAGAUUGCGCCAUCUCUGCCCUCCAAGGUAGGGGACAAAUGGGACAUUUAUCCUGCAAAUGGCCAGGUCUCAGGCAGCCAGCUCUAUGAGUUCAAAUUCAGGCCGAUCACUGCGCAAGAUUCCAUCAUUUUUGCCGUGGCCUAUGCGGUCGCCCUCCUGUACUUCCUCAUAAAUCUAACCAAGCUUCGCGCAAUCAAAUCCAAGAUUGGCCUCAUAGUCACCGUCAUUGCCCAGAUCUUCCUUUCGAUCGUGUCUAGCCUCACUGUCUGCGCUUUUCUGAACCUCGACCUUUCUCGUAUUCCGCGAGCCGCAUAUCCUUUGAUAGUACUGAUCAUGAGCCUAGAGCAUAUCCUUCGACUGAUGAAUGCUUUGAUUCGUACCCCUUCGGAAGAUAGUACAAGCAACAGGAUAGGGUAUGCUUUUGGCGAGAUUGCGCCUGCUGCCUUGGCAACUGCUAUCCAAAACUGCGCGAUUUUAGUGGCCUUAUCACGCGUUGUCUCACCAGGCGUCUCCGAAUUCUGCAUCUUUGCGGCUGUUGCAAUUGUACUGGAUACUUUCUAUCUAUCCACCUUCUUCCUUUCCGUUCUCAGUGUUGACGUGCGUCGAAUGGAGCUUGGGGAUGCUCUCGCAAAAGAGUCCAUGCGCCGUAAUCGCAAUUCGAACCAGAACCGCAAUUCCUCCUGGGUGAAGCGCAUACUGGAAGGGAAAAUUGCAUUAUCAACGCGAGUUGCUGGAACAGUUGUCGUCCUGGGCUUCGUUUUUGUCGCUCAAUCUCACUUUUUUGGCGAUGGACAUAUUUCGCGGCGGCUAUCCCAGCUAUACGGCGGCAAAAGCCUGGAGCCCAGCAUCUCAUCUCCUUCAAAGACGUCUCUUCUCAAGGAAAUCCAUCAAGCAAGGAGUCCUACGUCUUGGCUACUGCUGCAAGACCACGAUGCAGCUCAUGAGAUCAUUCGCAUCAUAAAUCCUUCAGCCUAUAGCUACAUAGCCAGAGUCUAUGAGCCUCUGGUCUUUGUAAAAAAGGGGUCCAAUCGAGUGCCUCGGAUGAAAGAGUCCAUUCUGUCGCCGGCAGUACUCGACUUUAUCAAUCAUCAGCUCACUGCGCUCGUUUUCAUAGACCUUCUGGUAGUCUUUCUGCUUCGCCGACUUACAGCCUAUCUCUUACCAGACGAUAAAGCGAAGCGAGAAGGACUCAGCGAUCCUACUGAGGAGCCAAGCCUAGAGGUUGCAACACUCUCUGGAGGGCAUGGCCUUGAUAUAGCCAUGCUCGCAUAUUCCUCUGGAGGAUACGCUGUGUCUGUUGGCUUAGACCGUAAAAUUUGUCUAUGGGAUCUCAACAAUGAGAAUCGAUGCUACACAAUCUCUGACCCGGAAAGAGAUGUCGGUAUUAGAUUUCCCGUGCUUGCGAUUGCCAUUGACGAAGACUCGGACUGGCUAGCAAUUCUAUCGUCGGAUGCUGUCACCUUUUGGAACAUUGCAACCAACGUGUGGGGCCCUAUCGUGGCUAUAGAAACCUUCAACCAGAAGCCAACAGCUUUCUUUUUAGAGCCGAGUCCAUCAUCAGAUAUCCCAAGGCCGGUUAUAGUAUGGAAGAAUGGAGCCGUUGUAGAUCUUGAGCCGACGUCAGGAGAAAGCAGCGAAUUCAUGCUUUGCUCCGGGCUAACUUGUGCCCGUCAACUGCUAAGUAUAGGGCUCAAAUCUUUCACACUCAGCUACCAGGCGCUGGACUCUGGUGACGGCAUCCUGCACGCUUUUAUACCUCAUGAGGACGAUGACGCCAUCUUUCUGCAGAACUAUGGUGAUGAUCGAGCUAUUAGCGGAUGGUGUGGGUGGCCUGAGGCAGUACAAACAAAGAAACGCAUAGACAAUCCUGGCGUUUGGAGAGUUCUGCAUGAUGGCAGUGCCAUUGGGCUCCGUCGUCGGCCCCGGACCGAGCCGAGAAAUCGACAGCAUCAAGCAAUUUCAAGUGUGCGGAACCGCUUACCGAGCGCGAAGAGUCAGGAAGUCGGGGCUUUCAACUGCUGGGAGCUAUGGAGAGCGGCGUCUGGUGACCGGCAAGAUAUAGAUGAGGUCACGCCUCUCUUCCCCAUUGACGAAGACCCAGGGCAAAUGAUUGUCUGCGACCCGGGGCCUGGUGUCAAGUUUGGGGAAUCAUCUGUCGCUUUUGCAUUUGGAAAUGUGAUAAAGCUGGCACAAUUGAGCGGGCAUAAGACCUCGGGAAUCAACGAGGUUAGCCAUGAAUCGUUAAUGAAUAUGCCUACGAGACGCCGGAAGGGAGGGACGGUGGCCAGGGCAACAGGGACCUGA